AUGCUUGAUAUGCUUCAUAAAGAGAAUAAAUUGGAAAAGCAGCUCGAUCGUAUGGAUUUGAGAAAACCUUCUAAAUGGACAGAUGUUGAUGCUGAUCAAGUGGAUUUUCCACAACUAUCAGAAGAUGCCAUUAGAGAGUUGACCCUAGGUGUAUACCAAGUCAAACAGGCACGGUCUUACGUAGAAGAGAAGAAAGCAUCAAAUAAUGAUUCUAUAUUUACAGUUCAGGUUCUUAUUAAUACAUCUGGCAGAGGUCUUCGAGAAGCAUCGAGUGAUAUAUGA